GCGGAAUUGGAGUAGGAGGAAUUUCUGCAGGCUUUAAAUAAAAAAUAAAAUAAAAUAAAAGCUUUUCGCACUUCGAACUUUUUGAAGAUAUUUUCACGUGGGCUAUAUCUAAUUUAUCUUGUAUCCCUUGCCUCCACUGCACUUUCUAAUUCUGGUUUCUCUCUGUGCCUAUGUGUUCGAUUUCCUGAUUGGCUAAUUUCAGAAUCCAGGCGUAGAUUCUGGUUAUGAAUCAAUUGCCGAUGCCGAAGGGAAUGUGCUCCUCCAGCAUUUAAUUUGGGAAUUAGGGUUUUUAUUUUUCUGAUUUGCUAAUUUUAGGGCUUUUAAUUUCGCCGUCUCUGUGAAUUUGGGGAAAAAUUGGAUUCAAAUGGGGGGCUAAUUUUAGGGUUUUUAAUUUCGCCGUCUCAGUGAAUUUGGGGAAAAAAUUGGAUUCCAAUCGGGGGCUAAUUUUAGGGUUUUGAUUUAGGGUUUAUAAUUUCGUCGUCUCUGUGAAUUUGGGGAAAAAAUUGGAUUUGAAUGGGGGCCUAAUUUUAGGGUUUUGAUUUAGGGUUUUUAAUUUCAUCGUCUCUGUGAAUUUGGGGAAAAAUUGGAUUCGAAUGGGGAGUAAUUUGAAUUUCAAAAACUUGGGGACGGGAGAUAUGGCCGCCGGCGGCGGGAGGCCGCCGGGGAAUUUUCCGUUGACGCGGCAGUCGUCGAUUUAUUCCUUGACGUUCGACGAGUUCCAGACCGCCGUCGGAGGAACCGGGAAGGAUUUUGUGUCGAUGAACAUGGAUGAGCUGCUGAAGAACAUAUGGACCGCCGAGGAGAAUCAGACCGCCGGAUCCACCAGCGGCGGCGGCGGAGCCGCCGCCGGAGUUGGAAAUAGCAGUUUGCAGCGGCAGGGUUCUCUGACACUCCCUCGGACUCUGAGUCAGAAGACCGUCGACGAAGUCUGGAAGAAUAUUUCAAAAGACUACGGCGCCUCCGCCGCCGCCGAUUUCGGUGGAUUUAAUAUUCCGGUGAAGGAGCCGACGUUAGGGGAAGUUACACUGGAGGAGUUCUUGGUAAGAGCUGGCGUUGUAAGAGAAGAUCCUCAAUUGGCUAAGGUUAGCUAUUUUGGAGAUUUGUCUAAUGUAAUGAAUAGCUCCGCCAUGGGAGGAUUCGGUAUACCACACGCGCCGCCAUCGCCGCCGCUCCUCCCGAAGCCUAAUUUGGCGUUUCGGCCGAGCGCCGCCGUGGGGAUGUCGGAUCUGCCGAUUAACGGCGGCGCCGUUCCGAGUGCAGUGCCGCUGCAGGGGAUUGUGGGAUUAGGGACGAAUGGAGUAACCGCCGUUAGGACAGGGUCGCCGGCCGUCUCGUCGGAGGGAGUAAAUAAGAGCAACGGCGGCGACACCUCGUCGGUGUCGCCAAUUCCGUACGCAUUCAACGGUGGGUUUCGCGGCCGGAGAAGCACCGCCUUAGAGAAGGUUGUCGAGAGGCGACAGAGGCGGAUGAUUAAAAACCGCGAGUCGGCUGCAAGAUCACGCGCUCGCAAGCAGGCGUAUACGAUGGAAUUGGAAGCCGAAGUCGCGAAACUCAAGGAAGAAAACGAGGAAUUGCAGAGGAAACAUGCAAGAUUGGUCGAAAUACAAAAGAAUCGGGUGGCGGAAAUGGCGAAUGCGCAGCAAAAUGGGAACAAGAGACAGUGCUUGAGGAGGACACAGACGUGUCGAUGGUAAUAAAAUCUAAACUAAUCUAGUCUAUGGAUGUCUGUCGUCGUUGUUGUUCGAUUAUUAGUUACUACAUUUGAUGAUGUCUGAAAUAUCAUUGCAUAUUUUUGAGGAUGUAAAUAUUACAGAGGCAGGGACAGAGAUACACAUAUGGAUGUGUCUCUCCCUUGUAGAUGAAGAUGAUGAUGAAAAAUUAAUUACAGAAACGGUAGGGUUUGUUUGUUUGAAGUCUGAAUGUUUUUCGUGUUAUUCGUCGUAUUUUUGUUAUCCUUCGAAAUUACAACAUCGAAUAUAUAUACUUUUAGGGUGUGUUUGUUUGAGAGAUUGGAUUUUAAAUUCA